AUGUUAAAAAGAGUGAUCGCCCUCAAUUUGUACACCUCGGUAUCUGUGACAUGGACUAGGCGAACUAUUGCUACAUUUCCAAGACCACCUCGUGUUGCUGUUGUUGGUGCUGGACCAGCUGGUUUAUAUGUUUGCGCUGGAGUACUUCGCCGAAUACCAGAAUGUUAUAUGGAUAUUUACGAAAGUAACAUGGUACCAUAUGGUUUAGCUCGCUAUGGAAUAGCGCCGGAUCAUCCUGAAAUGAAAAACUGCAUAGCACAUUUUGACAGAUUGUUCGUCGAAAACCAAGAUAGACUGAAGCUAUUUUGCAAUGUUUGCAUAGGUCGGGAUGUCAAGUUUGACGAACUUUGUUCGGAUUAUGAUGCUGUAGUAUUAGCAUACGGCGCUCGACGUCAGAGACGAUUAAAGAUUCCCGGAAUCGAUGCGAUAAAUGUUUUUUCGGGUGGCGACUUUGUAUUUUGGUAUAAUGGAAUGUCUGGUAUCAAAACGCCGCUUUUGAACUGCAAAGAAGCGAUCAUCAUUGGUAAUGGUAAUGUGGCGUUGGAUUGUUCACGUGUGAUACUUUCAUCCGGAAUGGAUCGGUUAUUGAGGACCGAUAUCCCAUCAUCUGUAUUGGAUACUCUUUCGUGUUCUCAGAUACGUCAUGUGACCAUUAUUGGCCGAAGAGGCCUACUCGAUGUUUCAUUCACCAUAAAAGAAUUGCGAGAACAAAUUACACUGCCAGAUUGUUCAUUUUUUGUAGAAAUUGAAAACUCUGAUCUCCUCACUGUAAAACAGUCACAGCAGACAUUAGCAAGACCAAAGAAGCGUAUUGCGGAACUGAUUUUAAAUAACAGCCAUGUGAACAAACCGGGAUCUGAUCGUCUGUGCCGAUUAUUGUUUCGAAGGACGCCAACAAAGGCUUAUUUUAAAUCUAGAAAAGAUAGCUAUGAUACUUUUCUAGAAAUUGUCAUAGUUGUGACGGAUGAUCGUGGAGUAGUCAAAGCACUACAGGUAACUCAUUCACUGAAUGGUCACAAAGAAGAUCUUCCAUGUGGUUUACUACUUUGCUGCAUUGGAUUUGAAAAUGUUGCUCUAGAUGGAGUACCAGUAAAUGCAAAUGGCGAAAUCAAAAUGCUUGAUACUGUUCGCGUAGCAACGGAAGAAGAAUUCUUAGUUUAUGCUGUAGGCUGGUGCGUACAUACACCUCAAGGAAUUAUUGCACAUACGCAGAUGAAUGCCAGCAAUGUAGCUGAUCGACUGACUUCCGAUCUACAAAAAUAUGGUUUGAAAACUGCGCAAAUUACGGGUUCCCAUCAACGGUUAAUAUCACGGAAAAUAGAAUAUCUGACAUGGAAUGACUGGAAGAAGAUUGACGAGGAAGAGAAGAGACUAGGCGUUAUACAUGGAAAGAAACGAGAGAAGUUGCUGAAUUUUGAAAAUAUCGUUUUCUCAAACGAAUAG